AUGUUUAGUGGCAGGUGCUCCAAAGAGGGUUGCACAAACAAGCUCCAUGGAAAGUGUGAAUGUGAAGGAACAGUCUUAUUUUGUAAAGAUCACCUUUCUGAGCAUGUAGAAAAGCCAGCUUCUAAAGGACAUCGAUGCUUAAGGCUUUACUUUAAACCUUUAGAAGAAAUUAAGCAGCCACUUAUUGAAAAACUAGCAAAACUCAAAAAAGAUAUAAAAAAAUAUUAUACUUCAGAAAUAUUUCUUUCUAUGGUCAGCAGCAUAAGCAAAUUUUUGCUGAUUAGCGACUUGAUAUCACGGAUAGUAAUUAUUCACAUUAAUAAUAAGGUACUAAUUUAA